CGGGAAAAUGUCGGCCUAGUGUCGCCCUGUCAAAACAUUGUGUCUAGCAGACUUUUGGUUCUCGGGACGCUGUUGCUCACUUGUGAUACUUUUCACAUGGCUGAUGUAUCAACUCCACAUCAAAGCAAUUAGUAAACAUCGGCAACUUGAGAAAGCUGACUGAUUACAUACCCAAAGUUCACGGACACAUUUACUCAGUGACUAUUCUUUCUCCAAACUAUGCUUAUUGGCAUUUGCGGCAGUCUCUGUGCCGGGAAGAGCACUGUCGCUCAAUACUUAGUUGAGCAUCAUGGCUUCAAACAGCUUCGCAUCAGCGAGUCCCUGAAGGAGUCGGUGAAGGUAGAGGGCCAAGAUGGCGUCAACGGCACCUCCAUGCGGGAGCAGACAGGCGUCACUUUGAAUGGCAAAUUACUAGAGUUUCCCACCGAGACUGACCUUCUGGAUUUUGUCACUAAACGAUGGCGAGAUCGCUUCGUGACGCUGGUCGAGGAUGCCAACCUCCUCGACAUCCUCGCCAAACGCCCUUUCUUUCUCCUCAUCAGCGUCGACGCCCCGCUCACCGUCCGCUGGGAGCGCCAUCAAAAACGGCAAAAGGAAGACACAGUACAGGAGGACCUCGCAGCCUUUGUCCAGCGCUCCGACGAGCACCUCUACGAUGCCGCCUCCGGCCACAUGGCGCUCAUGUCGCGGGCCACGGUCCGGCUGCUCAACACGUCGUCGUCAGUCGCGCACCUGUUCGCGACGCUGGGCAAGGUCGACCUGCCCAACGAGGACCGCCUCCGCCCGACCUGGGACGCGUACUUCAUGUCCCUGGCUAGCCUGGCGGCGCAGCGGUCCAACUGCAUGAAGCGGCGGGUGGGCUGCGUCCUCAUCCGCGAGAAGCGCGUCGUCUCGACUGGAUACAACGGCACGCCGAGGGGCCUGCUAAACUGCGGCGAGGGCGGGUGCGGGCGGUGCAAUGAGGGACUGAGCUCGGGCGUGGGACUCGCGACGUGCUUGUGUCUGCAUGCGGAGGAGAAUGCGCUCCUCGAGGCCGGGAGGGAUCGGAUCCGGGAUGGCAGCAUCCUGUACUGCGAUACGUGUCCGUGUCUGACGUGCAGUAUCAAGAUCGCCCAGGUGGGCAUCAGUGAGGUUGUUUACAGCCAAGGUUAUAGCAUGGAUACCGACACGGCUGCAGUGCUGCGUGAGGCUGGGGUGAAGCUGAGACAGUUUGUUCCUCCACCAAACGGCUUGAUACAUCUAGAGAAGUCUGAACUGUACUGAGAUGAUGCCUACGAAAACUCAACCCCUGAAAUGAAAAGAGCAGUUUAAUUUUAUUUUAUUUUAUUCCUUCCUUUUCCCCCCUUUUUUUCCACAGUAGAAUUACUGCAACAUUACUUGACAUUAGAGGUACUGCG